CCAGUUUAUCCCAGUUAGAAAGGAAAGGAAAGGAGGGAGCCAAUCAGUAACUGUUAUAUCAAUACAGUACUCCUUGUUUUCUUCAACUUUUCCUGAACUCAGUUUCUUAGAAAUAAACCCUUCUACUGUAACUCAUGUGGUGCCGUUAUUUCAAUGCUUAUUUUUCUCUUUAGACAGUGCCUUCUUCUAGAUGUACAGAAAAUUGUUACCCAGGAUAUGCCAAGCUCAUCAGAGAAGGAGCACCUGUUUGCUGCCAUGACUGUUCUCUGUGUAUGGAAGGAACAUUCUCAGUGGAAGAAGGUAGGUGGCUCUGGAGAAAAAAAGGAAAUCAAGAACCUUUAAUAGGAUCCAAAAGAUAAUGGUGCAUUAUAUUUUCAUCUUUCAGGUCAUAUUCAGCUCCCUGUUCCAUAGAACAUCUUCCCUGUUACAUAUUGUUAAUUCAUCCACCCAUGAACUUUUUUUCUCACGAUCCAGCUUAGACUUUCACGAAGUAUAGUUGGAAAGUAUUUUCUAAGUUCUCCAGCUCUCCCAAUAUCCUCUCCUACUCCAUCACUUUCAAAAACAUGUUUUAUGCAUUGUAGAAAGUAUUGGUUCCAAUCUCAUUAUUUUAUGAUUACAAUUGCAGAAAUACUUAUCUAUAGCAAAUGUUUUUCAGAUGCAUCCCAUUGCAGCAAGUGUCCAGAUGACCAGUUUUCCAAUGAGAAGCGAGAUGAAUGUAUCCCUAAAAGUAUAAGCUUCUUGUCCUAUAAAGAAACAUUGGGAAUCAUCCUGGCUUCCUUUACCCUUGCUUUGUCCCUAAUCACUGCCUUUGUUCUGGGAAUCUUCACUAAAUACAGAGAAACUCCAAUAGUUAAAGCCAACAACCGGGACCUCACCUACAUUCUUCUCAUUUCCCUUCUCCUUUCCUUCUUGACUUCCCUUCUAUUUAUUGGGCCCCCCAAGAAAGUGACCUGCCUUCUUCGACAAAGCAUCUUCAGUGUUGUUUUCUCAGUUGCUGUUUCUUCAUUGCUGGCAAAGACUGUCAUGGUGGUGGUGGCAUUUCUGGCCACAAAGCCAGGCAGCAGGAUGAGGAAAUGGUUAGGAAAGACUCUGGCCAACUCUAUUGUUGUAUCCUGUUCUGGGAUUCAGGUGGGUAUCUGCAUGAUAUGGCUGGGAAUCUCUCCCCCAUUCCCAGAUUCUGACAUGCAUUCUCAACCAGAAUACAUCCUGCUGCAAUGUAAUGAAGGGUCAAUCAUCAUGUUCUACACUGCACUAGGUUACAUGGGCCUUCUGGCUGCCAUCUGCUUCUUGGUGGCUUUCCUAGCACGCAAACUGCCAGGAACCUUCAACGAAGCCAAGUUGAUCACCUUCAGCAUGUUGGUUUUCUGCAGUGUUUGGGUUUCCUUUGUCCCCACGUACCUGAGCACCAAAGGAAAAUACAUGGUGGCUGUGCAGAUCUUCUCUAUCCUGGCCUCCAGUCUGGGCUUAAUGGGCUUCAUCUUUAUCCCCAAAUGCUACAUCAUUAUCCUGAGACCUGAUGUGAACACCAAGGAGCACAUGAUAGUGAAUUAUAAAAGGGAACCCAAUUUUUUAGAUAGAUGAAAGGCUGGAGACUUGGAUAAAUAAGGUGAGGUAGGAAGAUAGGCAGAUAGAGGAAGAUCAAUAUACAUGAUGUAUGAUGGCCUGGCACAUUAUGGCAAUCAUAAUACAUAUUAUAAAAAACCUG